AUGCAGUUGCCAGCAGCCGCUCAGGUUCCGUGCUUCGAGUUCCGCCGGUACGACGACUGGUGCUCCAGUUCCCCAAUUGCCAAGUCUGUCAGCACGUCUGGCAACGAUACAGACAACAACAACAACAAUAGCAGCAACGCCACAGCCCCUGACUUCGUACAUCUUCCUACCACCACCACCACCAAGAACAACAACGACAACGACAACAGCUUACAAGUCCGCAAAGAUGGCUUUUGGUGCUACUCCGGUCCUGUCCUCAUCGGCACAAACGCCCGCGUGAUCCCUUCUAGCCUCGACCAAUGGGCUUCCACAACUCUGUCCAGCCCGUUGUCAGACGUGCUCUGGCCGUUUCUGGUCUACGCGAGACUCGUUCUUGAGCAGUUUGGCCUUGACCACUACUGGAUCUCUGUGCGUGCGACCCGAGCGAACCCAGAGUUUGACAUGCCAAGAUGGCACACCGACGACCUGUUCUUCGCCCGCGAGCGGAUGAAGCCAAAUGAUAUGGUCGACGGCGGUGGGCUGGCAUGCACUGUACAGCGAAGCCAGGAGGUCGCCCAUAGCACUGGCCGCGGGCUGCUAAGCAAGAUCCGUUUGUCCACCAAACUGCCUUCCGCCCUAUCCAAUGCUUUCCCCGAGGCUGCAUCGUCAUCGUCAUCACCGUCAUCAUCAACGCCAGCAUCGACAGAAACAGACUUCAAGCUCUGCACCACCCUGCUGGGCCCUUCGACAAAGUUCAUCCCGCACGCCCACCAGGCCGAAGCCCGGGCCUUGCAGGCCACUGCAAAGGCCCAGCUCGCUGUCGACCACACCUGCGUCGACAUACGCUGCGUCGGGUGUGCGGCCACAGCCGAGGCCGUGCGGGUCAAGCUCGCACAGGAUCUGGCGCGGCUGGGGUCCUGCCAGGCCGAGGAGAUGACUCUCAGCCCCACCACCACUACCGGUAAUGAAGAAGAAACAGGGGGAGGAGGAGGAGGAGGAGGAGAGGAACUGUGUGCUUCAACAGUGGAGGACAAGGAAGACAACGCGAGGAACGAUACUCAAACUGCCGCUGCCAGCGCGCGGAUGUGCUGCUUCUUCCGACUCGGUCCCGACAUCGGGGCCGUGCACUCGGAGCCUGCCCAGGGCGACCAGGACCGCAUCUUUGUCAACGUCGUGCCCGGCACGGAGCAGGAACUGCGGGGGCUGAUGACGAAAUGGGGCAUGGAGUUCCCCAGGUCGUGGGGCGUCGUGAGGGACGGCGGCGUGCUGUGA